AAAAUAAAUAGCAAUUCUUAAUUUAAAACAUCUAAACUUUUAAAAAAAUAUUCUAAUAAUAUCUUCUUCUACAAUGGAUCCUGAGAAUUAUACUGAUAGCAGAAUCCCACAAAGUGAUCAUGAAUUUUUUGAGAAAAUAUUUGCCUUGCUGAAAAAGCACAAAUAUGAUCAAAUACCAUCAUACGAAAAUGAAUUGAAGAUGGCUGAACAAAAUGAAACCAAAUUAAAAUUACCAAUUCACGAAGUCGAACAAAUCCCGGAUAAACAGAAAGAGAAAUUAUAUAUUGAGGUGCUAUAUACCAUUGAACAUAAAUUGGGAAAAAUUGAUAUAGACAAAUUGAAAUACCCGCAAGAUUUAUAUACAUAUUGUCAAGAGGCAUUUAAAAUCGAUGAUAAAACUCAUGAAAGAUUAUUGGACACAGCGCAAAAGGAAAAACCGCCAACUUUGGUGUUAAACAUUGAUUUAAUCGAAGCAAGAGAUUUGGAGUCUAAAGAUGUAAAUGGAUAUAGUGAUCCUUAUUGCAUGUUAGGAAUCAUACCUGGUGAUCGAAAGGAUGAUAUUAGUGUUUGCGAACCUAUAUCUGAGCCAGAUCUGCAUAAACAUCAAUGGAAAAGAAACACUAAAAAAUCGUUGGAUGUUCAAAAUAUAUUACAAAAUAUAUCACAAAGUGCUAUACCCGCAAACUACAUUCAUGUGUCAUCGGUGCAAUAUAAAACAUUGUCCCCAAAAUGGAACGAAAAAUUUAAAUGCAUAAUACAGGAUAUCAAUAAGGACCAACUUCAUUUAGAUAUUUGGGAUCAUGAUGAUGAUUUUUCUGUCUCCGAAGCUGCAAAAAAAUUGAAUCACAUUCAAGGAUUUAAGGGUAUGGGCAGAUAUUUUAAGCAAAUUGUCCAAUCUGCUAGAACCAAUGAGGAUCAAAAUGUGGACGACUUUUUAGGAUGUAUAACCUUAAAUCUUAAUAAUAUUCCUUCAAAUGGGAUUGACAGGUGGUAUGAUCUCAAAGGGCGAACUACAAAAUCUAAAGUGCAAGGGCGUGUAAGGUUAAAAUUAUAUCUAUCUACAAAAGAAGAUACCAAUGAUUCGAUUGAGGACAACUUCAGUGACAUUGAGCAACACAUAUCUUUAUAUAAAAUCUUCAUCGAAUAUGAAUUAAGGAGACUGCCGGAAUAUUUAUCAUCUUAUCAUUGGAAUGGUAAUCUUUCGUCUAAAGCAAUGGUGAUCAUGCAUCAGCAUGCGAUACAAGGGGAUAUCACUGAAAUUCAAGAAGCCUUAUGCAAAUGGGAAGCGUACAGCUAUGCUCAUAACAUUUAUUCAUUAGAUUUUUCAUUGAUACUAAAGUUAUUGCAAAAUUUGGAUUAUACGUACGAUGAAAACAUUAUUAAUAAGGAUGAAGAAAAUAUAUUAUCGGAAUCAUUUAAAUCUUUCAUUCACAAUUCUCUAACAAGCAUAAUAAAUAUAGACUGCAAUUAUCCCGCAACAAACAAGGCAUCAAAUAAACGUUUAGAAACGUUAUUAAGUUGCUUAGAAUACAUGUACAAGAUGAAAUUAUUCAAAAUCUGUUGCCCAUUUGUCAAAGACUGUUCGAUUGAAAUCUCAAAUGUGAUUAAGAAAAGCUGUGAAUCAAAAUAUUUUCAAUUAAAACAUCAUGUGGAGAAAAAUCAAGAUGAUUAUAAUAUGGGAAAUAUUUUGAAACUUUUGAUGAAAAUAAAUUUUGAACUCUACAAGUCACAAAAAUAUUAUAAUGAUAUCUUUCUAAGAUCAUCAAACAUUAAUUAUAUCGAGAUCGUUACAAAUGUCCUCACGAAACUAUUUUUAGUUGAUUUUUCAAAGAUUCUAGAUGAAGAGAUGAAUGAGUAUCGAAAUAUCAAGACCGAUAAUUUUUUGAUUCACCUAGAAAAAUAUAAAAAGAAUAUAGAUAAAGAUUAUAAAUUAUUCGAUUCCAUAUAUUUUGAGAUAUAUUACGAAUUACAAAUUAUGAUAGGGUAUUCCUCACAGAUUACUGAUCCUAAAUCGACGCAGAUGGACGAAUAUUUUUUAUGGUUUAUUGUCCCAUUGUAUAAUUGGUUUAAUCUAGCGGAAUCUAAUAUAAAUAUAAGAAUGAAUAUGGCCAUUGAACUAGACAAGUUAGAACCAAUAAAACAUAAAAACAAGACAAUUUCCUCGAGCAUUAUCAAUUUAAUCUAUUGCUUGAAACAAAUUAAACGCAUAUGGAAUGAUUUACAUUGGUACAAUAGAAUCGUGUCCCUACUUUUUAUUGAAAAAAUAUUAGAGAUUCAACAUCUUUCAACUGUUUAUUAUGCGGAUUCCUUCAUACCCAAAGCAAAUAAAAUUAUUUAUAAAGGCAAAAAUUCUUGUGUAACAAAGCAAUGUUUAUUAGUCAAUAAUAUGCAAUACCUUCUAUAUUAUUUAUCGCUAUCGCCAGAAGAUCUGUCAUUAAAAGAUUCCUUACAAACCGUUAAAAAAGUUUAUCCCGACGAUGUCUAUAUCAAAACAUCUACCGAUAUUAAUAACAUUUUCGAUAGUAAUAAAGAUUACAUAGAUUUAAAGAUUGAAAUACUUAUCAAAGAAUUGGUUGAAAAGGUAAAAAAUGAUACUGAUAUAGAUUUCCAAAAUUUAAGAUGCAACGAGCAAGAUGAGAAGGGGGAUAUUGAGCCUCUGAUUAAAUACCUUAACGAAACUUUAUUGAUUUGUAACCAGAAUAUGUUGAAAGCGCCUUUUAAGCAACUUUUGAAAUAUAUAUACCUAAUGAUUAUAGACGAAAUCAAAAUCGGAUUUGACGUUAAUAAAACAAAAUCACAACCACAUUGCAAAAGAUUACAAGAAACGCUGAAUAUAUUUAAGGAUUUCUUUUUUGCCAAUGGUGAAGGAUUGUCAAAUAACCAAUUAUCGAAUAAUCCAAAAUAUAUAGCAUUGACAAACAAUUUGGUAUGGUUUCAAAUGGAUACAAAGGAUAUUAUUGAUUUCAUUUUAUUGAAAAGAUUAGAAAAACAAAAUAUGACAUUGGAUUCUCCGUAUGGGAUCUUAACAGUCAAAUCAUAUUAUAAUAAUCGUGAUUCUACUUUAACAUUGAAAAUAAUAUCAGCCCAGAAUUUGCCUUCUAUGGAUAAAAAUGGGCUUAGUGAUCCUUAUGUUACGAUAGAUUUGAUGCCAAAAUUCAUUUUUAAAAAUAUCGAUAAAAAAACUACAAAGGUUAUGAAAAAAACACUCAAUCCUUUUUAUGAUGAGGACUUUACUUAUCAUAUAGAUCCUAGUCAAUGUUCUCAUAUUUCCUCAAUAAUAAAAUUUACAAUCAUGGAUCAGGAUAUUUUUGAAAAGGAUUAUAUCGGGGAAUGUUAUUUAUCAUUGCAUGACAUACAAGGACUUGAAGGGGAAGAAUUUUCUAUCGAUGAUAUAAUUCCUACAUACCUACAACUGAUAAAAUUUCAAGAAAAUGUAGGUCCUGAAAAUGUGAUAGAAUUUAGAAAGGAAAGCGACAACUUAGCAAAAGAUUUUUAUAAAACAAUAAAAAAUGGAUAA